CUCUGACAUACUACUCUUCAAGUAUUAGACGGAGAGUAAACAACCGCGGGGGAUAAUCGCGUUUCGCCGUACCCUGCCUUUUCUUCCCCACAGAAGCUAUAUAAGGGAUCUUCCCUCCCCAAUCUGCUCAUUUGAUGACAAAAUAUGGAUAUGCUGCCCAUUUGACAAUUAAUCUACCCUGACAAAUGAUACUUGGGGCAAUAGAUAGGUCCGCUGAUAUUCCGGUGGAAAAGACCGAGCGAAUUCACCGAGCUAUCUGAUUGCUCCGCUCCGAUCGGGCUUAGCGGCAAUGAUAUAACCGGAUCCAAACCUUUUUCUCACUCUUACGAAUUCGCGCCUUUCUCCUUAGCUGUCAUCCACUCUGCUAUCAACAGACCAUCAAGCAUUUUAAUGGUACGGUUGAGCAACAUCUAAAUUAUGUCUAGCGUUACACCAUCUGCCUUGAGACAGGCAUCUCGUGCCUAUGCUCGUCGACUCUCGUCGACUCAGCAUGGCUCCCUGGCGACCGCGUCCUUCCCCAGACGGGCGCUCGCCACCUCCGGUGGUGCAGCUUCGAGACGGACAUAUGUUACCGAGACCAAAACUGGAAACGCUCAGGUCUCGAUCGACACAGCCAUCAAACAGGAGCAGAAGAACUUCAUCAAGCAGACAGGUCUUCAGCCUGGAAAGGUCGAACUUCCCGCCUCUGGCAUCUCCGGAGAUGCUUCGAUGAGUCCCUCUGCGGGUAUUUUGAAACAAGCAACUGUUAUGGAUCAGGGAACACGGCCCAUCUAUUUGGAUAUGCAGGCCACUACGCCGCUUGACCCUCGUGUUCUUGACGCUAUGCUUCCCUAUCUCACCGGCAUCUACGGAAACCCACAUUCCAGGACUCACGCCUAUGGUUGGGAGUCGGAGAAGGCUGUCGAACAAGCCAGAGAACAUAUUGCAAAAUUGAUUGGGGCGGAUUCAAAGGAGAUCAUCUUUACGAGCGGCGCCACAGAAAGUAACAACAUGAGCAUCAAGGGUGUGGCCAGAUUCUUUGGUCGUUCCGGCAAGAAGAAGCACGUUAUCACAACGCAGACUGAGCACAAGUGUGUAUUGGACAGCUGCCGGCAUCUCCAAGAUGAGGGAUUCGAAGUCACAUAUCUGCCCGUUCAAAAUAACGGAUUGAUCCGGAUGGAGGAUCUGGAGGCGGCCAUUCGACCCGACACGGCUCUGGUCAGCAUCAUGGCCGUCAACAAUGAGAUUGGUGUGAUUCAACCCAUGGAAGAGAUCGGAAAGCUCUGCCGUGCGAAGAAGGUUUUCUUCCACACUGAUGCUGCCCAGGCAGUCGGCAAAAUCCCCUUGGAUGUCAACAAGCUGAACGUCGAUUUGAUGUCUAUCUCCAGCCACAAGAUUUAUGGCCCCAAGGGUAUUGGUGCUUGCUAUGUUCGACGCAGACCCAGGGUUCGUCUUGAGCCCAUCAUCUCCGGUGGUGGACAGGAACGAGGAUUGCGCAGUGGCACGCUCGCUCCUCACUUGGUUGUUGGUUUCGGCGAGGCUUGCCGCAUCGCCAGUCAGGAUAUGGAGUAUGAUAGAAAGCACGUUGAACGGCUGUCGAAGCGUCUGCUGGAUGGACUUCUGGCGAUGGAACACACCACGCUCAAUGGAGAUGCUGAGCGCCAUUACCCUGGAUGCGUCAACGUCUCGUUCGCUUAUAUUGAGGGCGAGUCCCUUUUGAUGGCUCUGAAGGACAUUGCUCUGUCGUCCGGUAGUGCCUGUACCUCUGCCUCGCUGGAACCCAGCUACGUCCUUCGUGCGUUGGGCAGCAGUGACGAGAGCGCUCACAGCAGUAUUCGUUUUGGUAUUGGACGGUUCACAACAGAUAGUGAGAUUGACUACGUCCUCAAGGCUGUCCAGGACCGUGUCCACUUCCUCCGAGAGCUGAGUCCUCUGUGGGAGUUGGUUCAGGAAGGCAUUGAUCUGAACACCAUCCAAUGGAGUCAGCAUUAGAAACUCUCUUAUGGUUUACCUCCUCCUUUCCAGGAUGACCAUGCGAAGUCUGUCCAUUAAUUCAUCAUUUUGCAAAUUAUCACACUCGGGACGGCGUUGGGUUGGCAUGUAACAAUAUGAGAUUGAUGACGGAACUUGAUCCAUUUUAAAUAGUCUGUACAGAAUUGAGCAAUGAGCUACUCCAGCC